CGGCGAAAUGUGUACGGAUUGCUGGACAAUCUCUCCGUAUUUCGGUAUAAAAAGGCCCGGUGCGGUUUCCAGUGGAUCAGACAUCCGUCGACAUCAGCGCAACAACACAAAAUCUAAAGAUGAACAUUUUACUCAAAGUACUCGCCCUCGCAGUCCUCGUUCCGGCCAUUUCCGGUCGUGUCUUGACAGGUUGGCCUUCUGCGUUGGAUGAAGACUUCCAGGAUCGAGUGGACAUGCCGGAAGUUCAAUCGGAAGCAAGAGAGGGAGCUCGGGAAGAGCCCGUUGAGGUUUUGAUGAAGCAACUGGAAGGCCGUGAUUUCAAUCCACCCAAGGAAGCGUUCGGCAAACAACACGAUUUCGAGGCAAACGACGCAGGUAGCGACGGCCAAGGCUAUUUCCAGGGUUUUGCCCCCAGAGAGAUUGUGCUAGACGACAACCAGAGCAUGGAAUCGAGAUUCGCCUUCCCCGACUUCCCAAAGAUGGACUUCCCCUUUGAGAAGCCUUUCGGUGGUGAACGCCCACAAUAAAAAAAAAAAGUAUAUUAGUACAAAAAUACAAAACCACGCGACCGCAGCCCCAGCCAGAGUGGACUCACCCGAUUAACAGUCCCCAAUUUUUCACGACACCAAAUUUCUUUGUUUUGUUACGUUUUGUCGAAAGGAGUUCUCCAUAUAACUGUUUACAAAGAGGGAUAACUAUUAACCAAUUUGGCAUACUCUAUUAUAACCUCUUGACAAACAAUGAUGGAGCUGGUACUCUAAAAAAUGAAAAAGAAAUACAAUAAAUAUUAUAAUAUAAAAA